CUCGGUGUGGCUACGACAUCAGCCAGCAAGCUACACAAAAAUGGCGUUCACAUUCGCGGCCUUUUGUUACAUGCUUGCGCUAUUGCUUACAGCCGCUCUAAUUUUCUUCGCCAUUUGGCAUAUAAUUGCAUUUGAUGAGCUAAAGACUGACUACAAGAACCCCAUUGAUCAAUGUAACACAUUAAAUCCGCUGGUGCUCCCUGAGUAUCUGAUCCACGUGUUCUUCUGCGUGAUGUUCCUGUGUGCUGCGGAGUGGCUCACCCUGGGCCUCAACAUGCCCCUGUUGGCCUACCAUGUGUGGAGGUAUAUGAGCCGGCCCGUGAUGAGUGGUCCGGGCCUCUACGAUCCCACUACAAUCAUGAACGCUGACAUCUUGGCCUAUUGUCAAAAGGAGGGUUGGUGCAAACUGGCCUUCUACCUGCUGUCAUUUUUCUACUACCUCUACGGGAUGAUCUACGUGUUGGUGAGCUCUUAGGCCGGCCAUAUAGGAAAGGGAGAUUAGUAUGUAGGAGAUGGAACACUUUGGUUUUAGUGGCUCGAGGAGAAGCUGAAAAACGGGACCGGCAGGAAGGAAACCAUUCACCUCUUAGUGAUACAAGAUGGCCGCCGCGCCAAACGGGUGGCCCGUCUCCAAACCCCCAACAGUGCAGAGCAGAAUGCCAUUAACUACACAGAAACGGCUCUCCUUUUUAAAUGAAUCUUUGUUUGCUGUCUCAGCUGUUCUCUUGCUCGUAGUUCCAAAUGCUUUGAGGAGGAACUAUGACAGACCUUUGGACUCUACCCCCCCCCUCCCCCAUUGUGUGAUUUGAUGCUUUACAUUUGAAUUAAAGUUUUUUUUUUUAUCC